AUGAUUAUUAGUUAAAUCAGCAACAAUGAAGAUUGUCCUGAUCCUCUAGAAACCAACAUGAAUAAAAGCUCUAAAGUAUUAUUGUGGGGAAGAAGGACUCAACAUCACAGUUUUGGAAUUGAGAAUCCUAUAUGGAAAUAUAGAGCAUUUAGAAUAAUACUUAUAGUUUCUAGAUUCAUUGUUCUAAUUACUAGAUAGAUUACAAGAAAAGAUUUGAGUCGUUUUACAAAGCAAGAAUUCAAUUUAAUUAAUGAUAAUGCAUCAGACUAUAAUUUUUACAAAUAUAAAGGAUUCCUACCAAAAGAUAAACCAUCAUAUAUUCUACUUAAAUUAAAUAAUUGGUUUUCUUGCAUACUAUGUAAAUAUCUAUAAUAAUUGCAGAACAUCAUAACCAAUUUUACAAAAGCAAUGUUAGAAAGUGGUUAUUGAAACCAGAUGAUGUAAUCAUAAUCAUAUGGAAUAUCUAUUUAAUAGUGAUUGUUACAAUAAAUGUAUUUUAUGUUUCUUUGCGUAUUUCUUUUCCAGAAAUAUUGGACUUUCCUUUAUAAAGUAAAGAAUUCUUUUUUGAAUAAUUGCCUGUAUAUUCAUUUCUUUUGGAGAUUAUAUUAAAAUUCAAUACUUGUAUUUACAAUAAAGGAAUAUUGAUUACAAAUAGAGCAAAAAUAAUUAAAUUUUAUUGCAUUGAAGGUUUAUGAUUAUUAAUAUUAAAUAGGGUUUUUUAUUGAUUUGUUUUUAGUUGUUCCAUUCUUUAUAGGUUAACAAUUUGAUUUUAGAUAUUUUGAUUUUGUGAUAAUUUUGAAAGUAUUCUAAUUAUCUAGUUUAUUUUCAUCACUAUUUAAUCGUUUAGAAUUAUCAAAUAGACAAACUGCAUUAUUCGAUUUAUUUAAAAUGAUGUAUGCAUAUAAAUAUGCACUAGAUCUUUUAUGAUUUUAGUAGCCCAUUUUUCAGCAUGUAUUUGGCAUAUUAUUGGAUAAUGGGGUGAAUGGGGUCAUCAUGAAGGUAAGACAUGGUUGAAAGUGGCCAAUUUAUAGAAUGAAUCUUGGUUAGAUAGAUAUGUAGUAUCAUUUUAUUGGAGUAUAGUUACAAUGACAACAAUUGGAUAUGGAGAUAUAACUCCUGUGAAUUUAACAGAAAGAAUUUUUGUCAUCUUUAUGACAAUGAUUUCAUCUGCAACAUUUGCAUAUACUGUAAAUAAUAUUGGUGGUAUAUUCCAAGAUUUCUCAAAAUAAUCAGUUCAUUUAAAAAAUAAUAUGAAUUAAUUAAAUAGAUAUUUAAAAAGUUAAAAUGUAUCUGAUGAUCUUUAAAUUAAAUUUAGAAGAUAUUUUGAAUAUUUGUGGAGUAAACCUUCAUAAAAAGUAAUUUAAUUUGCAGAUUUAAUUCCUAAAAGUUUAAAAGAUCAAAUGAUUGUAGAUGUUAAUGCUAAAAUAUUAAAUUAACUUUCUUUUUUUAAGAAUUUCAGUUAACCUUUAUUGAAUAAAUUAUGUAUGUAUUUAGAAGAGAAAUAAAUAUAAUCUGAUGAUUAUCUCUUCAAAAGGAAUAAUAAAUCAUCUUAAUUAUUUAUCCUUGUAACAGGAGAGAUAAAACUAGUAGUAAAUCUCAAUGAUUAACAGAGAUUGUUAUAAAAGAUAUCUAACCCAUCUUUUAUUGGAUAAUUGGAUUUCUUUUCAAAAAGAGCUUAUUCUUAUGAUGCUUUAGCUUCAAAAACAACUAAAGUUCUUCAAAUAUCAAGAGAAUAAUUGAACUUUGUCUUUAAGGAUCACCCUUUAGAUUAUGUAAAUAUUUAAAAUAUAUUUAAUUUCUAGGAGAUAUUCUAAUAAAUAACAGAUGACAUUAUACAAAAUUAAAAUUUAAAGGCAAUUUAAAUAAAAUGUAAUACAUGUCAAAGUGAUUGUCAUUUUACAAACACUUGUCCAUUUUUAUUUGGAAUACCUAAUAGAAUAAAAACCUUAUAUAAUUAUAGGAGGUUUACUCCUGUUGAUAGAACAUCUCGAUAUCUUAGACAUAAUAAUACAAGGAAAAUGUAUGCAUUAAAACAUCAUUUCAUUGUUUUAGAGAGUGUUCUAAAUUACAUGAUGAAAAAUGAAGAUCUUGUUUAAAUAGAAGAAAUGAAGGAAUUGUAAUAGUAACAUGGUAUUCAUUUUGGAAAUCAAUCUACUUUUAAUUAAAUCCAAACAAAUAUAUAGGGUUAGACACAUGGAAAAUCAUCUUUAUCACAAAGAAUUUAAGUAUCUUUGGAUGAUUCUUCUCCUAGAACUUUUAGAUUUUGUUAGAAUAAUUAAUAUUUAAAUACAAAUGGUACUAAAAACCAUAGGAAAAUAUCUAUAAAUUAUGGGUCUUAGACAGAAUCUCCUGAUGAAGAAGUGCCUGUAUAUGAGAAGAGUAUGAAGAAAGGAGGGAAUGAAUCCUUAUGUGUAAUGAAUGAGCAAGGUUAUUAAUAGGUAUUGUAAGUACCCUCAUUAUAAAUAAACUAAAUAAUGAGAAGAAAAUCAGUAAAAUUAAAGUUAGAUGAUAGUUCUGAAGAGGAGGAUGAUGAUGAAGAUAAGAUUAUGGGAUAAUACAUAGAUAUCUUUUAGUAAUUUGAUAGAGUUUGUGAAUUCAGCAAUUAUAAUUCUCAUAACAACAUUUCAUUAGUAUUAGCAAAAGUAUGAUUAUGAUUGUGAUUGUAGUAUUAAGAAAAGAUAAUGGUAUUCUAGAGAUAGACAAAGAAACGAAAGAGUCGUAGAUAAGAAACCUUAUUGCAUUUGUUGAAGUAAGCUUAAGGGAAAUAAAGAUUAUGA